UCUCGCUAGUCACGUUUGCGAUUCGCUCGCGAUCGGAGCGGUCGAUUUCACCGGUGCGACGAGAGCCUGGCGGUUCGCCUCGCUCGCUUCCCGCGAAGAAUUUCGUGUCUUUAUCGUCCCGCGAACCGACUGACACGGGAAUACACUUUGGCGAAUAGAGUAUUGCACACCCGUCUUAUCCGCGAUAAGAUUUUAUCACCUUCCACCCGAAGAGCGCGUGUUAUGAGUCGCGCUGGCCGUUAUUCACGCGAAAUUAAAAUAGAAUUUUUUGCGCGAGUUGAUAACUAGCUGCUAAUUAGUCGCCCUCUCCUCCCCCUGUCGAGAUGGGAAACGGACAGUUCAGAAGCGGUAAUUCCAGAAGCUACCAUGAGUCUCGGAUGGCCGACAGGAUGACCCACGGCGGUAGUCAGCCCGUACGCAGCAAGAGCAAAACAUCGAUCAUGUCGAGCUUGGAGCGCGAUCAGCUGGGCCAACGGGGUAACGGCGACGCGCCCUGCGUCGGUCUUCUACGCGGCCUCGACCACAUCAGGGACCCGCAGCUCAACAAGGGUAUGGCGUUCAGCAUCGAGGAGAGGCAGAUCCUGGGCAUACACGGUCUCUUGCCAGCAGCUGUGAAGACCCAAGAGGAACAGUUAGAGCUCUGCCGUCGUAAUCUCGAGCGCUACACGGAUGAUCUCUCGAAAUACAUAUACCUCAUAGGCCUACUGGACAGAAACGAGAAACUCUUCUACCGUUUGUUGUCAGAGGAUGUAGCCGGUAUGAUGCCGCUGGUGUACACGCCGACCGUGGGUCAGGCGUGCGAGAAGUUCGGCCUGGUGUAUCGCAGGCCGCGGGGCCUCUUCAUAAGCAUUCACGACAAGGGCCACGUCUACGACGUCCUGAAGAACUGGCCCGAGCUGGACGUGCGGGCGAUCGUCGUCACGGACGGCGAGCGGAUACUCGGCUUGGGCGACUUGGGCGCUCAGGGCAUGGGCAUUCCCAUUGGGAAGUUGUCGUUGUACACCGCGUUGGCCGGCAUCAAGCCGCAUCAAUGUUUACCCGUCACUUUGGACGUGGGUACUAAUAAUCAAAAAUUACUGGACGAUCCUCUGUACAUCGGUCACAGACACAGGCGUGUCACCGGCCAGGACUACGACGAGCUGUUGGACGAGUUCAUGCAGGCCGUGGUGAAGCGAUUCGGUCAGAACACGUUGAUUCAAUUCGAGGACUUCGGCAACGCUAACGCCUUCAGGCUACUCACCAAGUAUCGCAACGACUAUUGCACCUUCAACGACGACAUUCAAGGCACCGCGUCUGUCGCCGUUGCCGGCUUAUUAGCCUCGCUUUGCAUCACGAAGAGGAAGCUCUCGGAGAACACGAUCGUGUUCCAGGGCGCCGGAGAGGCGUCAUUAGGCAUCGCCUCGUUGUGCGUGGCUGCCAUGCAGAAAGAAGGAGUGAGCAAGGAGGAAGCUAAGAGCAAAAUCUGGAUGGUAGAUUCGAAAGGACUGAUUGUGAAGGAUCGUCCGCGCGGUGGGCUGACGGCGCACAAGUUGGAAUAUGCGCGCGAGGGCGAGCCGAAUGACACUCUGUUGGACGUUGUGAAGAUGGCCAAACCGUCGGUCAUCAUCGGUGCGGCUGCCAUCGCAGGCGCUUUCACGACGGAAAUAUUGCAGGAAAUGGCGCGAAACAACGAAAGACCGGUCAUUUUUGCUCUGAGCAACCCGACAAGCAAGGCAGAGUGCACUGCUGAAGAAGCAUACAUCGCUACAGAGGGAAGAUGCAUAUUCGCGAGCGGCUCGCCUUUCCCACCGGUGAAAUACAACGACAAGAUCUUCCAUCCCGGUCAGGGUAACAAUAGCUACAUCUUCCCUGGGAUCGCGCUGGCCGCGAUAUGCGCCGGCAUGCGUGUAAUUCCCGAGGAGACUUUCCUGAUCGCCGCGAGGGCUCUCUCCGAGUUGGUGUCGCAAGCCGACUUGGACAGCGGCAAUCUUUAUCCGCCGUUGUCCGACAUACAGAAGUGUUCGAUGCGCAUAGCCUGCGCGAUCAUGAAGUACGCUUAUGAGAAUUCGCUGGCGACCGUUUACCCAGAGCCCAAGGACUGCGAGAGCUUCAUCAAGGCGCAACUAUACGACACGAGCUACAAAUCAUCCGUGCCGCCCGUAUAUUCAUGGCCAAGCUUGUAAUGCCUCCGAAUAAUCCAACGAGGUUUGAUUUUGGGUCCACGAGCGAGAACACACGCAUUACACAUGCAAGCGCGCAUAUACACAAAAGUGUUCUCGGCAAUUGUCAUCAACGAAUUUCGCUUACGCUAAUCCCUAAGAGCCUGUUGAUCGGGCUUACUUUAUCCGAAGUACCGAAGCGUCCGUAAGAACGUGACUAUAUAGUUUAUAAAAAGAAAAAGGGCAAAAAAAAAUAAAAGGAAUUACUGAGGUCGCAAAACUGAAUUCGCUCAUAUUCGAUGCGAAGCAGCGUUGCUCGCGAGUGUGCGUCGUCGAUCGACGAGCGUAACGGUUUGCUGGCUGAACAAAUAAAUCUUGACGCUGAUUUGAAAGAAAUGUAUUUAUUGCUGCUCGUAAUAUCGCUUUUCGCAGACAUCCCCUUUUCGACGAGCAGCAUGUGUAACAUUCGUCAUAAUUCGUAGAUGUAGUGAAAACCAAGGUCAAACUUUUCUCUUACGCGGAUGAUGAUACGAUCAUGCAAAUCAAAGAUUUCUGUGACUAAAAAAGGUGGGGGUGGGGUGGAGGGGAUAGAUCUUUGCAUGUGCGAACACACGGCACACAUCCUCGAUUUAUGCAACUAAAAUCUUCGUAAAACGGAAAACUUGGCUCUACUAACGUACGGCAAAAUUUUACUGGGACUUAGGCCAGAAAUAGGAAACCGUCGACGGUGAAUUAGCGAGACGAGAAGUGAAAGUAAUGAUGAAAAAUGUCGCAGAUCCCGCGUACAGUUCGACAACGAGUCACAAAUCAAGAGAGUUGAUCACGACAGUUAGACACGUUCGAGUGCGGAGAGAAGAAAAAAAAAAGAAAAAGAAAAAAAAAAGAAAAAGACGCAGAAAGGAUCGCUGAGAGAACAUCCUCUAAGAUAAUGAUGUGUAUUCUUAUGUUUUAAAAUGUAUUGUAAUUCACAACGA